AUAGGGAAACGGCUUCUUCCUACGGCCCUAGAUUAUCUCUCCUCCUCGAAUCUCUGUUGGGUUUUCUUCCGCAGAUCCGUUCCAGUUCCAUGGGCUCCGCCUUCUCCUCGGUGUCGCUGUCAAACGACGAGGCCUCCUUCACCCCUGUCGUUCUCAACGUCUACGACCUCACCCCGUUGAACAACUACGUGCACUGGCUCGGCUUCGGCAUCUUCCAUUCCGGCAUCGAGGUCCAUGGGUUGGAGUACGGGUUUGGAGCCCAUGAUUUUCCCACAAGUGGAGUGUUUGAGGUGGAUCCAAAGACCUGCCCUGGGUUCCUCUACAGAUGCUCCAUCGUGUUGGGUCAUACAAAUCUGCCUCCAGCAGAAUUCCGUACAUUCAUAGAAAGUGUGGCUUCAGAGUACCACGGAGACACUUACCACCUCAUUUCGAAAAAUUGCAAUCACUUCACGGAUGAUGUUAGUAAGAGGCUGACAGGUAGACAGAUUCCACAGUGGGUUAACAGGCUCGCGGGAUUAGGUGCACUUUGUAAUUGUCUUCUCCCUGAAAGCCUUCGUUUGCCAGCCGUCAAGCACGAAUAUCAGGGUUUAUCAGAGGAUGGGUCAGAAUCCUUUCCAGUCAUUACCACAACAAUGCAUGAACUGCAGGAGAGUGACAAUGCCGAUCAAGACAAACAUCUUUUAUCGCCCUCUGGCGGGGAGGUUACUAUCAUCAAAGAGGUUCACAGGUGAAGCUUUUAUGUCUCGAUGAUGUAUUCUUGCCAUGUUUGUAUGUUUAUACACGUAUGGGGCUGCUCUCCUGCUGCUACUGGUGAUGUGACUCUUCCUUCGCCCUUGUCAUUGCCUAGUGAUUCUUUUUCAGCUGCUGUUGUGGUUGGUGAAUUUUCAACACUUUGCGAUUCAAAUGGAUAAUUUGUAUCACUUGGUUGUUAAAAGUUUGAUAUUUUUAAAAGACUA